AUGGCGGAAGGGAAAGUUGCCACUACCCCUGUCCUACGUCAAACACAGUAAGUACAUUCUCAAUUACAACUCUCUGGGCAUUGAGAAGUGGAUUCCAGCUUUACCACCCAAAGAAUUGCCCUCAUGAAUACUCCAUUUUCUUUUAAAUUUAUAUUAAAGCGUUAGCAAAUUACAAUUAUUAUAAUUCAGUUCUUACAAGCAUAACCAUGGCAAAAAAUUGCAAAUGAAGAGGAGAUAUAGAAGCAUUAUUUACCGGUAUAUGAUCUUCUCUUUUUACAAAGGAGAGGUCUUAUAACAUGGCAAUGAUUGACAGGGAGCUAAGAUGGAGGAUAAAGACGUGUUUUUAAUUUUAGUUUUCACACUUCCCAAAUACAUAUGUUCUAAAUAUAUGGAUAAUUAAAGAUAAUAGUAAAAAUCAUGUGAAGUGACAGGAUUGAAAUUAAAUUAAAAUUAAAAUCGCAAAGCCAUAUUUGAAAACCAGCUGAAUUUGAGAAUUUUCUCAAUACAUAUAUUUUUCGCACAGUAUUUUCAAUUUGAUUAAAAAGUUAACUAACAGUCCCUGUUAAGCAAACCAUUCCUCCACUGGUUUUCACUAAAUCUUUGUAAUGUGAAGAAAUAAAAGGAAUUUUGAAAUGUUAGGCCAGCUUUGUGUUGUUAUUUUUUUUUUAUAUCUUUUAAUAUUUUGUGUAAUAGUAAUAUAUUUUUAUAACAAAUAUUGUUGUGAUAUUUUAUUAUUUUGAAAAAAACCUUUAAAAAAAAGUGUAUUUAUAAAUAUUUGUUAUUGGUAUUUGUUUUGAUCUUGGCCUAAAUUUUGCGAGCUAAUUGUGAUCUUACCUUAUCUUUAGCGAAUAACCUUUUUUUUUUUUAAAGAUUAUUUUAAUUUGUAAUAAAAACAAGUUACUUGUCAAUGCUACUAUGUGCCGGCUGACAUAUUUAACAGUGUUAGGGAGAGUGAUCAAUCACAAUGAUACAAACAGAAGCGAAGUCAUUCAGUAAUCAGUCUAAAACAAGGCUUCCCAACCGAGUCCUCAAUUACCCCCUAACAGUCCACGAUUUAGGGAUUACCCAGUUUUUUUUAGAAAAAGAAAAAAAACAGUUUAGACACAACAGGGUAACCCCUAAAUCCUGGACUGUUAGGGGGUACUUGAGGACUCAGUUGGGAACCCCUAGAAGAUCAAUAUACAGUGGUCAGUGUUGUUACUGCAGAUUCAACUGUCUGAAGAGACACAGCCCAGUAAAUCCUGCAACGCAGCACAGAAAGGUUGUUAUAAAAGUUACCUCACUACCUAAAUGAGUAUCUUUCUGCCAAAGUAUCUGAUAACAAACUGCUAACAAUAAAGAAAUGUUUUAGCAAUGUUGUGGUUUUUUUUGUCUCAUUUUUUAAAGAGACACUCCACAUAGCUAAACAACUUUCAGUUGCUGAAUUGCUCUAUGUGUGAAGAGUGUGUCUCUUUUCAUUUAACAAAAAGUGCAGUUUUCAAUAGAAAUUGGCACCUUUAUAGAUUAACCUUGCUACACCCACUGACUGUCAAUCAGACAACCAGUCCUGUUACUUCCUGGUUGUUUAACUUAGCAGAACUAAUGAGACAGACAAUUGCCCAGAGCACCUGCCUUGGAAAGAUUUUUGUGGUUAGACAGCCACUGGGGUAAAAGAGGGGGGCUCAGAAAGGAUGCAGACAAAAGGAAAAUAAGGAAGCACGUGUUCAAUGUGACGUAUUUCUACGAAAUUCUUAACUGUUAUUCACAUUUUUUUUAUAGAUUGAUCAUAUUAAAGGUUUACUCCAACCACCAUGACUACUUCGUUGAUUUGAAUUGGUCAUAAUGGUAGGCGUCUGUAUGUUCGCCAUUUUUGCUUGAGAUAUAUUCACCUUUGUUCCAUGGCACAACUCUGUUCCAGGCUGCCUAAUAUCAAUCCUGUGCAAAAAUCAUGUCUGUCGACAGAUAUAAUCAGUUCCUCCCUUGUAGGCAGCGUGCAUUUAUUUUAUUUAAACAGCAGAUUGCCAGAAGAAAUUUGCUAAAUUCUAGAAUGUAUUGCCAUUUAUUUUGAGCAAUAGAAUAAAAUUUUAUUUAGAGAUCCAUAUCUCAAUUUAUAGGUCUAUAUUUUACUAUUUUUAGAACAAAUUUUUUGAAUUAUCAUCUCCCCUUUUUUGAUUGCAGAGUAAAUCAUAUAUCUUCUAAAGACAAGAUGGAGGAAAUAAAGAAUCCAGUUUCAGGCCCAUUUAAGAGCAAUGACAUUGCCGCUUUGGCCAGCAGACUAGAAAACCUCGCCCAGAACACCCCACUGAGGUUCAGUUCAGACGCAAUGAGACCCACAACUAAAAAUACCUCUCGAUUUGGAAAUCAGAGCAACCAUUCAUUCUUCUCCAGACACAAUCCCCACCCACACCGUGUAACGCACAUCUCAGGUAUUAUUAUUAUUGCCAUUUAUAUAGCGCCAACUGAUUCUGCAGCGCUUUACAAUAUUAUGAGAGGGGGGAACGAUAGGUUGAGGUGGACCCUGCUCAAACGAGCUUACAGUCUAAAGGAUGUGGGGUGUAAAACAUAUUAGGACAGGAAAUUGCAAUCAAAUAAGGUGGGAGUGAAGCAGAGCUGGAGGAGAGAGUAGAGUGCUGCCCUUUAGGAGAGAGCAAGGGACAGGUAUGUAAGGUAGAGGUUACUCUGGGAGGCCAUAAGCUUUCCUAAAGAGAUGCGUUUUAAGACACUUCUUAAAAGACGCAAGACUAGGGGAGAGUCUGAUGGCGGUAGGCAGGCUAUUCCAUAAGAAGGGAGCCGCCCGCGAGAAGUCCUGCAAACGUGAGUUUGCCGUACGGGUGCGAGCAAUGGACAGGAGAAGGUCACGGGCAGAGCGGAGAGACUGAGAAGGGGCAUACUUAUGGAUCUGUGAAUAGAUAUGAGGGGCUAGAAUUGUUCAAUGCUUUAUAGGUAUGGGUUAGCACUUUGAAUUGACUUCUAUAGGAUACAGGAAGCCAAUGUAAGGACUGACAGAGGGGUGAGGUGUGAGAGGACCGACUAGAGAGGAUAAUCAGUCUGGCGGCAGCAUUCAUUACAGACUGUAGCGGGGCAAUACGGCUUUUGGGAAGACCAAUUAGGAGAGGGUUACAAUAAUCCAUGAGGGAAUUUACUAGCGUCUUGCGUAAGAAAGGGGCAGAUACGGGCUAUGAUUUUAAGAUGGAAUCUACAGAAUUUGGAAACAUAAUGGAUGUGAUGCUCAAACUCGAGGUCAGAAUAAAGUAUGAUGCCAAGACAGCGCGCUUGCAAGAAUGGACUUAUGUGGAUACCACUAACUUGAAAGGAGAGCGAAAGAGGAGGAUCAGUAUUAGGAGGAGGAAAGACAAGGAGCUCCGUUUUAGAGAGAUUGAGUUUCUGAAAGCAGGAGAAUAUCCAGUCAGAGAUGGAGGAAAGGCAGGCAGUUGCAGGAUGGCAGGGGAGAGGUCCGAGGAGGAGAGAUAUAUCUGGGUGUCAUCAGCAUACAGGUUGUAGUGUAAUCCAAAAGAGGUAAUAAGUUUGCCAAGAGAGGCAGUGUGGCGGAAACCGCCUCGCCACUGGACAUUGGAGAGGCCUGGCUGCCCGCCUCCUACCUGCUGACUAUGGCCCCUGGUAAAUUUGUACUCUUGAAUGCAAUAUUUGGGCAUGUGGGCCAUCCGUGGACAUAUUAUGACUUUUAGGAGCAAUGCCUUUAAGACUGUGUAGCAGAUUGCAUUCAAGCUGUCUUUAAUAUUAUGUGUUAUGUAAACAGUGUUAUGUGUAUGCAGCAUUCGUAUGAUUGUUCGGUAGAAUCACUCCAUUCAUUAUAUUGAGUGAAACUACCGAACAACCAGAACACCCAGGAAUAAGUGUGCCUCCAAUUACCCGUUUGCAACAAUGUUGCAAACGGGUAAUUGGCAAUCUAUGUAAUGUGUUCUUUGUCCUCUGGGUGGCCGCCAUUCGGGAAACGAAGACGUGGCGGCAGCCAUCUUAAACUCCUGAACAGCGGUGUUUUGACGUUGAGUGUCUGGAACUAAAAUCGGACACUCGACUAGGCAAACACCGCUGAGACCUCCAGACUUCCAGCAAUUCGUGCAGAAACUAGUAGAGAGGAUCCCACGAACAAGGGGAUUCAUACGAAUCCUCCCCAAGCUCCAUAACCCAGUUAAUUUGUGUGUUUCAUUCCCUUUUCUGUGACCGACCGCAUGGCCAAAAUACAUGGAACUAUUUUCGGAUACUUUACCCAUGCGGUCGGUCAAAUCUUUACCUGCCCAUAACUCCCGAACCCCUGGUCUGAUCUGGGUGAUUUUUGGAUAUGUUCCUCACCCAGACCAGGGCUAUCAGGGGGUACCAUAUUUAAAGGUGUACCCCCCGUAUUUGGGGUACAUCCAAGAAUUGGGGAAAAGUGUGUACUGUAUAAUUAUGUUAAGUGUUAAUCUAAGGGGAGGAGAUAUGUGGGAGGUAACAGGUAUGGUAUUGGCGGUUGUAAUAAUUAUUGUAAAUCCCUCUCUUGCAUGGGAGAAUGUCUUAAAAGGAGGUGGUGUGAAUAAAUCUUGAGUUCCUGCUUAACCCUCAAAGUGAAGUGUCGUCUCAUUAUUGGGGAAGGAUUUAUUGAAUGCUGUUCCAGUUUGACUGCUAGGAGUCUAAACCCAUCCGUAUGGUUUUUGCCUAUUCAGCUGUUUAUAGCAUUCAUAUGCUUGAGAGAAGGUAUAUGCUUCUCCGGUUCGGUGAUUGUGGUGUCUGCCAGAGUGCUUGGAGUCCUCAGGAAAGGCUAGGAGCAUCCUUCAACGGAGGUACCCAGUCAGGGUGCCAGGUGAUCCUUUACAGGCAGUAUAAAGAGAAAAUAGAAGGGGACCAAGGACAGAACCUUUGGGGACUCCAACCGAGACAGGACGAGGGGAGGAGGUAUCAUUAGAAAAGGAGACACUGAAUGAGCGUUGGGAGUGAAAAGAGGAAAACCACGAGAGGACAGAGUCACAGAGACAGAGUGAUUGAAGAGUUUGAAGAAGGAGAGCAUGAUCAACGGUGUCAAAGGCAGCAGAGAGGUCAAGAAGAAUUAGUAUGGAGUAGUGGCCUUUGGAUUUAGCUGUGAUUAGGUCGUUAGUAACUCUGAUAAGAGCAGUCUCAGUAGAGUGGAGAGGGCGGAAGCCGGAUUGAAGAGGGUCAAGGAGAGAGUUGGAAUUGAGGAAGUGAGACAUAUGGGUAAAGACAAGCCCCUUAUCUCUGUCUUGCUUGGACUGUGGUGAUUGGCUGAGAGUGUAAGCGGACCACUUUCAGCCUAACACAGCUCCCAUUGCUGGUAUGAAUCGGUAUACCUCAGUCAUACAACUCGUAAGACUGGGUUGGGGGUCUUCAGGACCCAUAUUCAGGGGUAAACUGCCUGAUUGUUUAUCACUGAAGUGUAGUCUGACCUUUUAACUAAAAUGAUUCCUUUGGCGAGGCAAAAUUACAAAAAUUGAUCAAAGAAAAUGUAAUGCAUGUUUCUUGUGUCAUUGCAUCAUCAGCUGAAAAUAAUUUUUAACUCUUUAUCUCCCUCUUGUGGAAAAUUUGUUCAAAACAUGAUGUUUGAUAAUUUUAAAAAUGGUUCUAAUAACGUUAAUGUAAUAUUCAUAAAGUGCCAUUUAUACAGUAGCAAUGUCGUUGAUAUGCGGGGAGCUGACAGGGACUGGACAGGGACAGUUCUACACUGAAAAGACUUCGGUCUAAUUUAAUCCAAUUUAUUGUUAGCUUCAGUCUCAUGUAAUGCUGAGAGAGAAAUAACAUCUCCAAAUACACAGUUUGUGAAAAUAAUGAAGUGAAAUUGCAGAACGUGACUGUUAGCAUUAGUUUAUAUUGGUAUAAUUUCUGACAGCAUUCCUGGCAACCAACUAAUCUUGGCAUAAAGGAACAAAGCAUAUCAAGUCCAUGCCCAUAGCACUUAUGUAAUAAAUCCUUGAUUUAUAAAUUAGUACAAUGCUUUAAGGAUAUUCUGAACCGUUGUAUACUGUUUGUUUCAGGACUUAAUGGAAAUCCAAUCUGCAAUGUCAAUGAUGAAUGGUCAGUCACUUCUCCACUUUACCCUCAUCCCAUGAUCAAAAACCAGCUGGACACAAACCUGCUGGGUGUACAGUGCAGCUUGCCAAUAGGAGACCCCUACGGAAACAAGGUCCCAUUCCUGGCAGCAGGUUGGCACUAUAAUAAGUGUUAUGUUGUGAUAUGCUUUAUCUUGAAAUUUGUUUUGGGUUCCUUAGCAUUGAAAUCAAGUAAUUUCCUCAAAGAGAAAGCCAUCUCCCAGUACCGCGUAUGCUAUGCACGCACAUUCACACACCCGCCAUCUUGGUAUGUCUGGUGUUUAUACCAUGUUAUACACGUGUGCUAAUGACAUGUUUAUAAAUAGACAAGUCUGUAUGCAUGCCUAACUAAGUUCCUAAGAGUGGCUAGUUAUGUUUGUGUUUGGGAGAGUGAGGGAGGGGCUCUGCAUAUGUUAAGGGUCACACUAGUUCUUAUGGUGUUUGCAUGGUUCCUUUAGCGCUCUAGGCUACAGGAUACUCCUGUUAAGACCCGGUCAUGCUAAAUGCAACUAAUUUUAAAGACCUUUGUUGACAGUUACAUUCAGUAAAUUUCCCGAAGCCUUCAUUGACUUGCGUAUAUUAUCAUCUAAAAUAGCUCAUGCUUCUCUUACUGCAGGUAUUUUGUGUGUAUUGUAUGUAUUUUUAUGUGUGCGCUGUUUCUUAAUCUGUAUUAUGUAUAAAUAUUGGUCACUACGGCAGCACCAUUCCUGCAAACUGCAUGUUCCGGGUGUGCCCACAAUCCUAUCUGUCUCCUACUGCAGGCAUUUUAUCAGAAGCAUGGCGGGAAGAGCUAAGGAAUCUCGCAACGAAGGUCUGCACAAAUGACAAACCGGAAGAUAAAAAGGAGGUAAUUACUGGCAGCAGCAAUUUAACUAAUCACAUGAUUAUUGUUUAGAAAUCAUAUGUCUCAACAUAGGGAGGUAGGCCAUAGGGACGGAGUGGGCGGGCCAAUGAAAGUGCGUGCCAGUGACCCAACUUGUACCAGUGGCGAAGUCCAUUACAUUAUGAAAUGGGAGGCAGGCCGAACCACUGAAGGGUUGUCAGCCUGGAAUCAACACAUGCCAGGCUGAUUAAAAGCCUCCAGGCUGGCACCACACACAGCAGGUACUGGGCACCAAGGAACCAACCCAGGACAGUGGUGAGGACACCAAAACAAGGACUGUAACACUGAAGGCCUGAACAAUGGACUACCAUACUACAGUCAACAUUAUAGUGUUAAUCUAGCAGUUACAGCAGCACAAAGACUGGAAUCCUGAAUCUACAAACCAUGCACGUUCUUUUAACAUCAUUAAUAAACAGUAUUGAAAAAAAUGAUUCAUAUGUUGCUAGAAGUAUCUCUAGGGUUUAGUGAAUAAUAGAAUGAUACAUUGCCUGCCAUUGAAAUGUUUGUUAACCUUUACUCUUUAAUUUUACCACUUUUAUGUCAUCAGGCAGAGGAACCCCAAAGAGCUACACUGUACUCUGCAGAAACUGGGCGUCUUAUCCCCCCAUCGUCACGUGCAAGGACCCGUCAGGCAUCCCGCAAAGGAAACAGAAAUAGCACCAGCAGAGGAAAAGAUCACAGCACCUUGUUUCAAGACCAGGAACUACUGGUAAGAAUGCUGGCGACCGAGACACCUUUACUAGGCUACAAGAGCCUUUGAAGUUAUGGAUCAGAGGGGCCAAAAUCUAUGUCUAAAAUUCAUGUUUAACUAUAAUUAUUUCAGCCAGGUUUGCUAUGUGGGAUCCAUCUUUAUAGUAAUCAGACGCAGCUUUGUGAUAAAGUAAAAAGAAAAGAAUUAUUUAUAAAGUAAAACAUGGACCCAUAAGGGGUAUUUCUGAGUGAAUGAAGCUAUUUGCCGUAUGGGACUAAAGAUUAUUUUUCUUUCUUACAUGUAAAGAAACCAAUAUAGUGUUACUGGACUUUACCUCUUUUUCUUUAAUUAUCUACAUUCAUUUUAAUUUCUAUACAAACUUCUUCAGACACACCUUUCUAUACCGGCUUGGUCAUUCUGAUCUUGUGUCUAAAUCAGUCAUUCUCUUACUCAAGAUCCCUCUCACCAGCCAACAUAUAAAGAGAGUUAACUUGCCCUGCACAGGAAACAAUGCACAACUGAGGACCUUUUUACAAUGUCCUUCAUUUCUAUCUGUGAUCUGCGUAAAACUCAGUAAAAUUGAGUGACUGCAAGUAUCGCAGGCUCAGCAAAACCUCUGUAAAAGCUUUACUGCAACAAUACGAAGACGUGAUAUCAUCAUUCUCUGACCAGACAUAAGCUGAACUAAUGAGGAUGGUCUUGGGUCAGAAAACAUCUCAUUCUGAACCACGUUAAAUGAAACAUAAAUAAUUCAAGAAAAAGAGACAGAACAGCAAGGAAGUGCCUCAAAAUCCAGAAAAAUUGACCUUUCCUUUAAUGUGGAUACUAUACAUUGAGAGCUUCUAGUCCCAAUUUUUGAUUUACAAAAGCUUCUAUGACAACUAUGUCUGAAGAUUGAAUGGAUAAUCUUAUUUUACAUACAAAAUGCAAACAACAUCACCAGACUACUGAUGAGUUCAAAGCAUAUCAUUUUUUACACGCAUCAGCCACCCAGCCACUUGCCUAAUAUCAUGUAGGCCACCCUCGUGCUGCCAAGACAGCUCUAGUGCGUCGAGGCAUGGGCUCCACCAGAUCUCUGAAUGUGUCCUGCUGGGCCACCAUCAGGGGGUGACAACCAUGAUGGUUGUCACGGGCCCGUUGGGCCCGGGCCUCACGUGUAGCAGCAGAUCUUCCGCCAGUGCAGCUGGGUCAGUAAGUAGUGCUGGGAGGAAGCUUACUCCGUGUGGGAGGGAGGAGAGACAGGCCGUGAGGAGGGGAGAGCCAGCCGACCCCCAUCAGCCACAGCCACCCUCCUGCAAAGAAAAGGUGGGUGGCUUAAAAAUUAUCUAUAUGUGUAUGUAUGUCUGUAUGUAUAUAAGUAUAUCAGUGUGUAUGUAUGUCAGUAGGUAUGUCUGUAUGUAUGUCAGUAUGUAUGAUUGUCAGUGUGUAUGUAUGUCAGUAGGUAUGUCUGUAUGUAUGUCAGUAUGUAUGAUUGUCAGUGUGUAUGUAUGUAUGUAGGUAUUUCAAUAUGUAUGUGUGUAUGUCAGUAUGCAUGUAUGUGUGUGUCUGUAUGUAUGUUAGUAUGUGUCUGUGUGUGUCAGUAUGUAUGUGUGUAUAUGUCUGUUUCAGUAUGUGUGUCUGUUAGUAUGUAUGUGUGUGUGUGUGUGUGUGUGUGUGUGUAUCUAUCUGUGUCCUUUCUGUAUGGGUGCGUGUGUUUUUGUCUGUGUGUGUAUUCCUGUAAGUGGGCUUGGAGGUGGGCUCCUGUGGUAUCUGACACCAAGACAUUAGCAGCAGAUCCUUUAAGUCCUGCAAGUUGCGAGCUGUGGUAUCCCUGGAUCAAAUAUCUUGUUCCAGCAUAUCCCUUACAUACUCAAUCUGAGCAAGAUCUGGAGAAUUUGGAGCCUUGGCAGUGGCCUCCUAUUUCAGCAUGGAACAUCCACUUAAAGUUUAUAUCUCCUUUAGUAGAUCAGGUAGAGUCAUUGUCUAAGCCUCCGGCUCCAUAAGAAGAGAAUUUUCCCUAUAAGGCUAGUUGAUCCACAAUGUAGUCAUUAGAAAAUUCUAACUCGGCAUGCUCCUUGUCCACCAUCUUAGGUAAAGCCUGAGAAGGUCUCCUUAUCAGGAAAAACUCCAUAUUGGCAGGUUUAACAGACUGGGGUAUGACAUUUUUCCUGUGUCUCCGGCCCAUUGUGAAUAUAGUAAUGGACAGGUGUCAGGUAUAGAAUGCGAAGGAAGACAUAAAAUAAUGUGAAAUAAUGUUGGUUGGAGUCAGGAGCUCAAGAGUCAUGAGUCCAAUUGCUUAUUUAGUCAGUCCACCCCUUAAACAUAAUUUUUUUUAAUGUAUUUUUCUUCAUAGUUCUGCAGCACUUCUGCAGCAAAUGUAGAGACUGCCAGACUUAGCUGCUCAGAACAUUCAUUGAUUAUGAUUAUUAUUGGCUUAAAGGAUCACUAUAGUGUCAGGAAAACAAACUCAUUUUCCUGGCACUAUAUAAUCCUUAGGUCCCCCCCUCCCUCAGGAUGCCCCUCCCACUGGGUUGAAGGAGUUAAAACCCCUUCAGCCACUUACCUUAAUCCAGCGCCGGGCUCCCUUGGCGCUGGUGACCUCUCCUCCCCCUCCGACGUCAGCUCCCGAGUGGAGCUGAAUGCUCAUGCGCUGCUUCAAUGCUUUCCUAUGGACGUUCUGUGUGCUCAAUGCGAUUUUCACAUUGAGCGUCGCAGAAGCGCCUCUAGCGACUGUCAGGAAGACAGCUACUAAAAGCUGGAUUAACCCUGCAAUGUUAACAUAGCAGUUUCUCUGCUGGAGGACCUGGCACCCAGACCACUUCAUUGAGCUGAAGUGGUCUGGGUGACUAUAGUGGUCCUUUAAGUAGAGAAUCUUAUAGACAUAAAACAUUAAAACGCAUUAUCUUCCAUUCUCCAUUCCCUUUACACAUUUUAGCACAAAAGCAUGUUACAAGUUAAACAUCUAUCUAUUCUAUUCUAUAUACCAAAGUACUGCAGUAUUUAAUAAUACAUUCUCUUUGGUCUAACAUAAAAACUUUCAAGAGUUCUUCUCUCUUUCACAGGUCUGAAGCAAUAGGAAAACUCUUAAAUUUUUGUCUUUUAGGUAUUUUGUUAAUGAGGUAUCAUUACAAACUCCUACAGAGUCCCCUAAUGCAAAUGAAUGUGAAUAUAUACUAUGCAGCCAUAUGUAGUACAUGGUUCUAUUUACCCAAGUUCAAGUUGGAUCAAGUUCAAAUUGGAUGCAAGUCUCUUAUUAUCAAUUUAAGAUACAACUGCCACAUUUGCUCUAUACAGUGGAACCUUGGAACUCAAACUUAAUCUGUUCCAGAAGGCUGUUCUAAUACCCCUCUUUCCUCUGCUUUUAUUAUGUCCAUAGUCCCUCUUCCCUUACUCGUGUCCCUUUGUCCUCUGGUGUCCUUCUCCUCAUAAUUCCCUUUUCCUCCUUGAAUAAUAAUUAUGUCCAUAUCACUUCACCCUUUACUUGUGUCCCUCCGGUUUUCCUCUCCCUAUAUAACCCUCUCUCCCUUUACAUAGUCUAUCUGCCCAUAUUUCUUCAUUUCACACUUGUAUCCCAUGCUUCCCCACACUUGUCUCUCUGUGAAUGCGGCGUGAUGUGUUCGGGUACCGAGGAUCGUUCGCAUACCGAAACAUUUUGUACGCAAAAUUUUAGUUCGACUUCCGAAUUGUUCGAGAACGGGAAUGCUCGAGUUCCGAGAUCCCACUGUUUUCAUCUUUCAUUAUAACUGGCAAUAAAAUUGCCACUAGACAUACAGUGAUACAAUUUGUAUAAACAUGUCUGUCUGCAUUGCUACAUAGUAAAAAUUUGAGUACACUGAUUUCUGACUCUUCUGGUCUACUGUACUAAUACGGGUAAUAUAUAUAUAUAUAUAUAUAUAUAUAUAUAUAUAUAUAUAUAUAUAUACACAUAUAGAAAAUAGGAAAAAUGAGAGCACUCACUGGAUUUAGCACAAAAAAAAUUGUAUUAAGUGGUGAACAAACUAAUCAACGUUUCGACCGUCUCGUGGUCUUUAUCAAGAUGUCCAAACAGUGCACAUAAUGAUAUAUAUACCAUAAAAUAUUGUAAACUUACCCAAUCACCAAAUUGAACCCUAUUCGAUCCUGAGUUCCCUGUGUUAGACGCCAAGUUGCCCCCACCCCUACGUGCGUGAUGACGUCAUGUCAUGUGAUGUCCACAAACUGUGUUGCCUGGUAACAAAACCAACAUAGGAAAUGUGGAUGGUGCGAGUUAAAAACAUACAAGGAGGACCUACAGAUGUACUGUUAAUUGAUCAUAUGAGUGCAUUUAUUUUACUUAACCUCCCUGGCGGUCUGGUUAUGUCAGUAUUUUUUUUAAUGUUAAAGCGGUACAUUGUUUUUACAAUGUAUUGUGUGUAUUUCUUUACACCAGGGGCUCGUAGGGACAAGGUAAGUGAUACUACAGUGUAAUCCCGAGCGUGGCUCAGGGUUACCGCUUUUGGAACUGAAAAUUAACCCAGAGCCAUGCUCAGGAUUACCGCCAGAGAGGUUAAUGAGCCUAUUACCUGGAAUGGGUCUGCAGCUCCAUUACUCGUACCCCCUGCUCUCUAUAUCCAAUCUCUUCUCAUAGGUUAGCCUGUGUGGCUGCUCUCCUAUGCAGAAUCUGAGUUGUGUACUUAUACAGUUCAGGAAGAAAAAGAGCAAAAGAUGUACAGAAUGCUGCAAAACAUUUAUUGUAUUUAUUUAUUUUUGCAAAAACUAUUGAGAAUUGAGCAUGCAAAAAAAAUCAUAUUGUUGCUGUCUAGGCUGUCCCUUUAAAUCACAUAUAUGAAAUACCUACUAAAAAUACCCUGUCAUUGAGAUAGAAGUUAAAUAUGAUCACUACCAGGGACCUUCAGCAAACAUUCUGUCUCUAAUUAAAAUAAAAUAUCCCAUGAUCAAGUGCCACGUACCUAUUUUGAAUAUUCUUGGCAAAUGGUCUAUUGUCUAUCAGGUAUUUCAAACUAUGACUUUGCUACUUCCAAACUGCAUGUUACUUAGCAAAGAGCAUAGAGUAAAUAAAGAGGACUAACAAGUCACAGUGACCUGCUAUUGUGACAUGUCUGCUUUAUUUCUGCCAACAGGUCUUGGAGCUUCUGUGCCAGAUACUACAAACAGAUUCUCUUUCUGCAAUCCAACAGUGGCUGCUUUCAGCUGGACCCAGAGGUAAUCGAUCAGGAGUGAAGAAACCUUGACUGUACUGUUACCGUGCUUAAACUUCACAGUUACUCUUGUUAUGCCCAGAUUCGAUAUGUUCUGGAAUUAACUAAUUUUGUUCUUUUGGUCGGCAUGCUGGUUAUUUUCAUUUUAGAUGAGGUUUAUAUUCAGUCAUGCUUGUCUCUUUGAAAACUUUUUUUAUGUUGUCAAAAGUUGCCCAUGACCACGGAAGAUGGCCAUCAUUGGAGACUUUUUAGAACCCAUUUAGUAGAACAGAGCAGCAUAAUCUGUGUGGUACAAAAAUUUUAUCAACAUUAUAAAUGCACAGAGAAUAAAACCGUGUUCUGCAGAAGUUAACAUUUUUUUUUAUUAUUUGUCACAAUCUUAUAAAAGUAUCACUGGUAAAGUACUAUCUCUGAUCAUGUUCCAAAAGGUCUAAUGUUCCCACUUGUCCUACAGAGAAGGACCUCGUAAUGAAUAUGAUUCAGACAGCUACUGCCAAUAUCAAGCUUGAUUCUAACACCAUGGACAGAUCGAUAGAUGACAGGCUCCAAACUCAAGCUGCAUUAGGACUGAUAUCACGAGAUAAGAACUUCCAGAAGAAAGAUAUAAACAGGUUUAAAAGAAUGCUGUUAUUUUGUUUAACAUGUGAAUAAUACAUAACGUUUUAUUUCAUUACUUUCUAUACCCUUGUUAUAGCAGUAACUUCAUUGCAAUCCUGAACUUUUAAUAAUAGGCUGGCGCCGCGGUAGUGGCCACAAAUGUAUUGAAUACCCAUUUUUCUGCCAUCUGUUCACAUAGUCAUGCAUGCAUCUGUAAUGUGUAGAUGGAGAGCAAGGGUGGUGGGGCAUUUUGAUGUUUCUGGGAGGAGUGGAGAUAUAGCCAUAGAAUGGUUUCUUCAUCUAGGGCAGAAGUAAGUUCAGGUGUGUUUGAGAUGUUCUCAGUGGGCACUAUCCACAGGGCAAGCUAUUUAAGCUUUUUAGUUGUCAGUGAUUGUAUCUUAUAUUUAACUCUUUCUCUCUCUCUCUGUAGCUACAAUCACUCCAAGUAUAGUUACAACGUGCCCUAAUUCAAUAAUCUCAAAACACUGUACAACAGCAGCAACGCUCACUGUCUCUCCAUGGCCACCAGCCUACUACUUAAUGCCUUAACAUGAAUAGUUCCCUUUUAAAUGUUUUAACUGACACAUUCAGUAGACUGGAGUCAUUUUGAAUUUACCCUGGGGUUCUCUUGUAUUAGUGUAUUACAUUUUGGUGUGUUAUAUUCUGAAAUGUCACUUGAGGAACAUUCAACUAUUGGCUCUGUAUUCCAGUUCUAUUAAACAGAAACAAGAGCCCAUCGCAGAAGAAGAUAAACCAGGUAAUGAUCUAAAGAUUUUUUACUUUAAAAAAAAGCUUAUUAAUUCGACAUGCACUCCAAUUCCAUUAAAUAUAUAUAUAUAUAUAUAUAUAUUGUGUACCUUUUUAUGAAUGUCUUGGGAAUAAUAACUAUAGAUGCUGGGUUACAUUAGGGUUAGAGUUUGAAAUAUAUACAACAUAUUAUGUAGAGAAGACAAAUGAAAGAUUAGAUUUUUCUACAAGAUUAUUCUUCAGGUUCAGCACUCUGUAGGAGAAGACAACUUGACCGGUGCAUAGUCACUAUAUGGGCAGGUGGAGAUUAAUCAAUAACCCCAUACCCACCCAUGUUACCAUUAAAACGUGGACACUCAGAGGUAUGGGUCAAUAUGUCCACAGCUUUAUUGAAGCAUCAUACAUAUAAUAAUAACCUUUUAUAAAAUAUCAACUGAACAUGAAAUGUCAUUGCCCCGCCCCUCCACCCAUACAUCACCAUACAUAACUGUCUGUCAUAAAUAAAGGCAAUGACCCAUAUAGUAAACAUUUCCAUAACCAUGUAACAACACAUAAAUAUAUACAUAAAUAAAGUGCAACAUAAUGCUUAACCACCUCCUGGUAGGGGUAUACCCGGAUACCCCUACACCUCCAAGGUUCUGAGCCACCAACGGCUCGAAACCCACCAACAUUGUAACCAACCAAUUUGUAACCAGCCAACCAACUUUUUUAACUCUUCUUAAUUUGACCAUAGACCAUAUUUCCCUUUCCUUACCCUCACCAACCCCGCUGCUGUGACCAAGCGAGGCUGCAACCCUGGAACCUAAAUCAAGGGAGAGAGGGACUAACCCAGACUGGUGAGCAGAUUAGUUGUGGCAAAAUCAAGAUGGCCACCCUAUAUAUACAAGGCUUGCCCUCAUUCUAAGCAGCCAAUCCUAGCCAUUCCCACCUAAGCCCGUCUCCUAGCCCUGUCAAGGCCUCCAUUCCACUUAGCCACGCUUGCUCCAUGGGGCAACAUGACAGGUAAUUAGGAACAUUGUGUGUUUAGCAGAGAGUAGGGAUACAAAGAGUGAGGUCACUUUAUUUUGGGCUCUGCAUAAAAGAUAUGAGAUAAAGAAAGGUGAAGGACACACAGGAACACAUACAUUAGCUAACUUAAUAUUGUUAUUGUUAAUAUAUUAUAAUCACAUUGUAUUCUGGAGAUAUUGCUGCUGUAAAGUCACCAAAAUCUGGAAAGUGUUCAGAUAACAGCAAUUUCUCAGUACAGCACAUUAAGGGUUUUAGUGCCUCAGAUCUCUCCCCCCUUUCCCUAACUGGUGGGGGCCAGCAUUGUUUACUGAAGAAGGAGACUAAGAGAUAUGCUACCUUGCAGUAAACCAUUAUGAAGAGGGACACAUGGUGCAUCUUAGCCAGGUUCCUUGGGAUUUGCAAGCUGGUUAUAUAUGGACUUUCCCAUAGAUAUACCACGACAAACAUGAGUAUUUAUUUAAUUAUUAACAUGUAUUUGUGUCUGUACAUUUUUCUUGACAAAGUAUGGAUUAAGGACAUUAUAUUAACUUGACUGUCUGUGAAUUACUAUGAAAUAAUAUAGACAGCCCAAUCCAUAUAAAUUCCAAUUAAAUUACACAAUUGGAAGCCACGUGGAUCAUUUUUGACUUAAAGGUUCAGGGUGUCAGAGUCAGAAUAAUUACCAAACCAGUCAGUGAUCACUUUCCUAAACUGCCGCUGUUCUCAAGAUUUCCACCAAUAUGAGAUUUCUUUUCUGUUGAUUUACAGAACACAUUGGCACUGCUGAAGUUCUCCAGAUACAUUCUCAAUCAGAUAAUGAAAAUCAAAGCAAGUCUGAUUCAGCCAACUAACAAGAUGUCCUUCAAUUAUAUGUAUGGCUUGCAAGAUGAAGAACUGGUGGACAUACCUGUCAAUAAGUCACUGGUUCAUAGAAUAUGACAAAUGCGUAGUCAGAGCUGCAACUAAUAAACCUUGGUAGAGAUAUCCUCCUUAUAGACUGUUAGUGCUUGCUCGAUGUUACAUGCAUGAAUAAAACAAUGUAUUUGUUAAUAUGGGAGGGAAAUAGUCAAUAUAGUCCUGAAAUGCUUUGUACCCAACAAUCAGAUCUAAGUUUAAAGGAUCACCACUUACCAAGGUAAUAUUGAUGCGCAGCUCCACUUCAUAUGUAGUUUUCAUAGCUGCUUAUAUCUCGUUCUAAUCUGCAGGGAACCCAUCAAGGGACAGAGGAAGCAAUCUUAGCAAGCAGAAAACAGAUUUAUGAAAAAUGGCAUCCUCUCUCUAGAUAUCUGUAGUGUAUACAUGUAGUAUUUAUGUGUUUUUAAAAUGUGACAUAUACAUUGUAUUCUUUACUUUGUGCUUAAAUAAACUGUAUAAAGACUGCCUUGAUUAAAUCUCUUCAUUUAGGACCCCUAAAGCCUAAGGCAGGAGUAGACAACAGAAAACACCAGACGUUGUGGACUAUAUCUACCAUAAUACUCUUAUAGCCAUAAUGCAAUCUAAUAAAAAUAAUAGUCUGUGGAUAGUUAAUACAAUGUUAAACAAAAAUCUGCACACUAGUCAAGCCAUAAGACUUUCUUUUCCCACAGAAAUCACAAAUUUGCAGUGAUGUUACUACCACAAAGGAUUCUGGGUGGGAAUAUGCAAAUUAGUUCAACAAAGAAUCACAUUUUUGCCUCAUUCCAUUUUAAACAUGGAUCCCUUUGAGUCUGUGUUUGCAGUAUCCACUGGUGUGCAGAAUUUUGUUUGCAUUGUAAUAUGUAAUAUAUAAUAUAUAUAUAUAUAUAUAUAUAUAUAUUAUUUUAUUUUUUUAAUACACCGACUGUACAAUAUCCGUCAAUCCAUUUAGGAAUGAUUUCAUACUUAUCUUGCUGUGUUGAGUGACCGCCGUUCCAGUCUGAGUUGAUCUAAUUAAAGGGACACUAUAGUCACCUGAACAACUUUAGCUUAAUGAAACAGUUUUGGUGUAUAGAACAUGCCCCUGCAGCCUCACUGCUCAAUCAUCUGCCAUUUAGGAGUUAAAUCCCUUUGUUUAUGAACCCUAGUCACACCUCCCUGCAUGUGUCUUGCACAGCCUUCCAUAAACACUUCCUGUAAAGAGAGCCCUAUUUAGGCUUUCUUUAUUGCAAGUUCUGUUUAAUUAAGAUUUUCUUAUCCCCUGCUAUGUUAAUAGCUUGCUAGACCCUGCAAGAGCCUCCUGUAUGUGAUUAAAGUUCAAUUUAGAGAUUGAGAUACAAUUAUUUAAGGUAAAUUACAUCUGUUUGAAAGUGAAACCAGUUUUUUUUCCCAUGCAGGCUCUGUCAAUCAUAGCCAGGGGAGGUGUGGCUAGGGCUGCAUAAACAGAAACAAAGUGAUUUAACUCCUAAAUGACAGUGAAUUGAGCAGUGAAAUUGCAGGGGAAUGAUAUAUACACCAAAACUGCUUUAUUUAGCUAAAGUGAUUAAGGUGACUAUAGUGUUCCUUUAAGGUGAUGUCUGUAUCUCAAUAUUAUUGUAAUAACUCAUAAACUUUAAACACUAUUUAUUGGAUGAGAGCCAUCACAUGACUCUAUUAGCAAAUGGAAUGAAGUUGGACAUCUGUCACAUGUUAUCGCCAAAGAAAAAUCUAAAUUUUUAUACUUUAAAUUUAUAUUUAAUAUAAAUAGUACUUUGCACCUUCUAUGACAAUUCACUAAGGUUACCAAGAGAAGAUGAGUUCCCAAAAGCAAAUAUUAAACUGUUGAAUAAACAUUAGAUAGAUGUAUUUUUCACUUUUUUGUGGCACAAUAGAAAUUUGCUAGAACUUUUUUUUUUUUUUGGCAAUCUCUUUAUUGAGGUAAACACUCAACAGACAGAUUAGACAAUACACAAAAUGUCAGUAUAAAUGUGAUGAGCAGUAUGUAUGCAUACAGAGAAGUAAUACCCCAUAUUACAAUAAAAAGAAAAGGAGAGUAAGACUAUUCUAAGUUUUGUCAUAUUAGCUGCAAGAAUAUAACACUGACUGGCUAUCACAUAAGCUAGUAUUCACACAGAUAUAAUAAAAAGAUCAUAAAAAAAACUUGUAUAGAACUAGUUUUUUGCCUUCUUUUUGAUCAACGUCAGUGAAAGUAAAAAUCUUUGAACUUUUUAAAGCCUCUAUUUAUAUGUAACAGCUUAAUAAUUUUUGUGCAGCUGUUCCUGCAUAGAGAAAAGUGUAAAUCCUGCAUAAACCUUACAUGUAAUCCCUAGAAAUAUAAACAAUACUGUAUCCUAAUGUCUGUGGUUAUGGCCGUCAAGCUAUGGCUGGUUCCUCUGUGCCCAACAGGGAUAUACACGUAGGAGAUGGCAUAAGAAUGGACCUGAGAGUGCAGCAGAUAUUCCUAAUAAUGUUUGCUGGCUUGUCUUCCAUGCGCAGGUAACCGAAUACUGCCAUUCGAUAGGUUCUUAGUUUAUCACACAGGUCAGUGACGCUGUCCGCUCGCUGUGACUAGGCCUAAAUACAUUUGUUUGAGAGGUGUAAUAUGUAUUUAUUUCACUAACAUAAUAUAAAUAAGAUAUUACUUUUUUUGCUGGUUAUUUGGGUCUGUGACUCACCUGGCAGGGUAAUAAUCACCUAGGUAGGACAUCCCAACAUGCAAAAUCUAAUUUCAGGGAGAUGGCUACACCAGCAACUGCACCCCCCAUUGCACACACCCUCACACUCUCGCCCACACCUACACACACACAAGCUCCCACACACUCAUACGUGCCACAAAACGCACGCAUACACACAACCACCAAACAUGUAUGUGCAAGGACAUGAUAUUUUAUUAUGACAGAACACAACUAAUUACAUAUUACAACUAUUUACACUGACACAUGCACACACCUUGACACACAGAUCCACUCACUGACACACAGAUAUGGACACUGACACACACACACACAUGCACAUACACACAGAGACACACACUUGCACUAAUUACAUCUGCAGCCACCCUUAACUUACCUUGUGUCCGUGUAACUGCUCACUCCAGUUUCUCCUCUGCCUCCACGCUGCCUGUGUGCUCCAGCCUCCUCCUGCGGGCUGUCUUCUUAGUUCGGAGGAAGUGACAGGCUGUCUAUCACUUCCUUCCAGCCGGCAGAUACCGCAGGGGCCGGUCAGGCUCAAAUCUGUGUGCAUCUUUUUUUAUAAUUUCCCCCAGAGGGUACAUGCACUGCAGAUUGAGAAGCUGCACGUUAUUUAUGGUUACUCCCUAAAGUGAGUAUUGUCAGGAAUUCAAAGUUAAUCCAAAAUUAAUUUCAAAUUUGAGCCAAAUAGCUGAAAAUUUCUCCAAGCAACUUGUUAUUAAUUUAGGGAAUUAAAACAUUUAAGGAAUAAUCAUAAUAUUUCUUCAUGUCCUCUCAGUAUAAGAUUCUUAAAGGGCCAGUCUAAGCACCAAAACCACUACAUUUUAAUAAAAUGGUUUUGAGCUGCAGAAGCUGUCCCUUUUGUUUGGCAAUGUAAAAUCUUGCUUUUUCUGAAAAUCAUGCCUAAAACAUGCCUUUAGUCAGUCAGUAGAGACACAUUUUGAGGGCCUUCACAUUUUGUCAUCAUUAUUCAAACCAUCAGUGGUGGAACUAUCGCUGGUGGGGCUCCACUGGGGCCCGCACACAGAGGGACCCAUUGGGUGUCCCAUGCAAAACAAUUCUUGCAGCAGGGCCCUCUCUACAUUAGUUCCACCUCUGCAAAAUGAGAUCAAUGGCUACUAAUCCUUCUGGCUUGAAAGCAUGCAUGGUAAGUCCGCAACGCUCUCUAUGAAGCAUUGGAUUGGACCAGAGAUAGUUGGAUCGAGCUGCAGAGGGGAGAUUGUCCUGGGUGCAGGAUUGCAGAUAAUUGUAAUGCCUUUUAAAAAAAAUUUUUUAAAGGAGGUCCCAGCAAUCUAUAAUAAAAAAAAACAAAACCUAACAUUAAAAAUGUUAGAAACAAUCUGAAAGUAAUGAAUUCCCCUGUCCACUUUCCCUUCUAUGUGUCCAUUAAAUGGCUAUUCAUAUACUACUGAUCAAUGAUUAACCUGGACAGGGACAAAAGACAAGAACAGAAAACGGUCCAAGUUUGCACACACAGACUGAGACCUGACUCCUGACAAGUUCAGUCCUGGAGGCCAGCUCCUUCUCCUCAUAGUGUCUGUCCACUGUUCCUGGAUUACAUACAGUACCACGAAGGGGCCACGAUGGAAGAAAGCCACAAUUAAUAUUCUCUUUAUUUGUGCCAGAGCUGACCCUCACAGAAUACCAACAUUGACUUGUACCACAAAGCCCAUUUGGUUAUUCACAGUCUGUCUUUCAUUAUGUCUCUGGGGUCCAUCUGUACAACGUGCACCCUGCACUUAAUCAUUCUUCUCAUCUGUUGCUGUACCUGCAGUAAGUAUACAUCAUAAUUCCUCUGUUUCCACAUUUUCUAUAACACUUUAAAGUGUUUUACCUGCUGCGAUCGUGAUUGCCAGAUCCAACAUAUUUUCCUGGAAACAUAUCCUGACCUCGUGCUGAUGAGAAAUUAAUGAAAAGUGCUGCCCUGUAGUAUGUAUUAUUUAUAUAAAUAAAUUGAUCAAGACAAUUCCAUUCUGGAAUCCUCGUUUGUUAAAAAAAAUGAUAACAUUUUCACAAUAUAUAAAUCUACAUAUUUGGGCAGAGCUUUCCCAUAAUAUGUUGGUCACAAAUGUAACCAUGAUCAAUAGAUCAGAUAUAAUGGCAAUAUUUAUUCUUUAUUAAUGUAAGGUAAGGAGCAUUCACUGCUUAGAUACACCUGUUAAGGAAAAUGAUAUUUUAGGACAAUAAAGUCAAAUCGUGCCUUCCAAAAUUCUUACGAUUGUUUUUCAAGACACCAUGUGUCAUUGUUUAAUGAAUACAACAUUACAAUUACAUUAUCCAUAGCUUGGAUAAAAGUAUUCAGUUGGAUAUAUAAUACAUGUCCAUAAUUUGAAGUAAAACUCUAGAGGUGCAAAGUUGUAAACUAAGCCCAGGUUUAAUUAUAGGAAAUAAAGAAUAAAAGAUAGUGUUUAAAAGGGAUACUAUAGUGCCAGGAAUACAAAGCUGUAUUCCUGGCACUAUCGCUCCCACUGCCUCCUCCCCUCACGCCGUCCCCUCCCCUCCCUGGUAAAUACAGGGUAAAAACCCUAUAUUUUCUUACCUUAUCCCAGCGCAGAUGUCUCUCGGCGCUGGGUCGACACUCCGUCCCUCCGACGUCUCGCGAAUCCAUGCUUUCCUAUGGAGAAAAGCAUCAGUUACCGGACCAAAGCUCCGUUUCAAUCCAGGAAGCUCUGCGCUGGGUUAAGGUAAGAAAAUAAAGGGUUUUUACCGUGUAUUUACCAGGGAGGGAAGGGGACGGCGCGAGGGGAGGAGGCAGUGGGAGCGAUAGUGCCAGGAAUACAGCCUCUUUGGAACUGCAUUGUUUAACAUUGCUGGACUACGUGCAAAAGGGACACAUCACCCAGACUACUUCAAUGAGCUGAAGUGGUCUGUGUGCCUAUAGUGUCCCUUUAAACCAUAGUGUCAUUUACUAAAUUCAAAACAAAAAGGUAGUAGGCUGAUGAAGGCACAGAUGAGGAAGAAAACCAUGGACACAAGGGGACACAUACAAAUUAGGGGUGCACUGUAUAUAUAGAGGGUAUAGUCGGUGUAUAGGGGCAUACUGCAUGUGCAUAUGUGAUAUAGUUUAUGUGCAUAUAGUAGCGAUAGUGUGUGGGGGUUUCAUUCAUUUAACAAAGGUAUUAAUAAAAUAAAUAUUCCCCUCUCCCUGCUGUUACCUUUUGUUAGCAUUCCAAUCCCCGGUGAUACUGCAUUCCAUAUAUCUCACUCUGCUCACCAACCUCUUUUCUCUAUAUCCCCAUUACCCCCUAGAGCAAAUUUGCCUCAUUGUGUCCAUUCCCUUUUUUUUUCUAUUUAUUUAUUUUUUAUUAUUUUAGUUUUCAUUUUACAUACAUGAAAUAGCAUGUUUGAAUUAGGAGUAACAGUUCAGAUAAUAACAUUUGAGAAUUUAAAUUAACAGUUCAGAUAUUGACAUCUGAGUGUCGAAAUUAUCAGUUCAGAUAUUGACAUUUGUGAGUUAGAAUUAACAUUGCUAUGAUCCUAUCCCUUCAGUUUUGCACCGAUACACAGUUGCUCUCAUUUGCUUAUAUACAUAAGCCUAAUUUAGUACAGUCAUGACCCUCAUCACUGUCUAUUGUCCUCUUGGUUUGGUAAGUAUAGUAUAUCCAUCAUGCAUACACUGAAUUUUCCUUUUCCUGUGGGAUCAGGUGUAUUGGAUAGCUCCCUGUGAGUGCAUGUGUGUGCUGUUAAUUGUCCUAUUCACUAAGUUUCUACGUAGGGUUAUCCAUCGUUCCAGUGGAGUUAUUGGUACGGUAUGAUCGCCCUCUAUUGUCUUUUGGCAUAUUGGUUUAGGGAGGUGUUUCUCAACUACCUGGGUGCUUUAACCUGAGUGGUAGAGUAUGUUGGUAUGAGGUUGGAUGCCAUCUGGCCAGUCCCUCUUUUGUCUCUGUGUCCAUUCCCUUUAUUUCAUGAUCAUGAUGUUCUCCAUUGUGUUCAUGGUCCCCUCACCCUGUGUUUAUACCCCCCAUAUGUCCAUGUCUUCCUUUUGUGGCCAAGUUUCCACCUUGUGUCCAUGUCACCAUACCCUCCUUGUGUCCAUGCCUAUCUGUACCCCUAUGCUUCCAUGUCUCACACUUGUGGACAUGUCCUACUCGUGUCCAUGCCUGUGCAGUUAAAUUCUGUGAAACAGCAGGAAGCACCUCUUGUGGCUGUCUUGUAGACACCACUACAGGCAAUCUUAACCAUAUAAUAUAAAAAUAGCUGUUUCUCUAAAACUGCAGUGUUUUAUAUUGCAGGAUUAAGAGAGUAGGGACACUUCACCCAGACCACUUCAAUGAGCUAAAGUGGUCUGGGUGCCUAUAGUGUGCCUGGUAAAUGAGAACAAUACACAUUGAGAAAAUAUUUGAAGGGCUAUUAAGGGAUAACAUUCAGGAAUUCAUAGGGAAGAACUUUGUUAUUAGAAAUAAUCAGCAUGGUUUUAUGAAACAUAUGUCAUGUCAAACUAACCUAAUUGCAUUCUACGAAGAAGUAAGUAGAAGUAUAUUUCAGGGCGUUGCAGUGGAUGUGAUCUACUUGGAUUUUGCCAAGGCAUUUGGUACAGUUCCUCACAAUAGGUUAGUGUUCAAACUAAAAGAAAUUGGUCUAGAUGAGUAUUCUUGUUCUUGGGUAGAACAUUGGCUUAAGGAUAGAGUACAACGAGUUGUAAUUAAUGGUAAAUUUUCAGGCUGGACAAAAGUGGUAAGUGGUGUCCCUCAGGGUUCUGUUCUGGGACCGCUUCUAUUUAACAUAUUUAUAAAUGAUUUUGAAAUAGGCAUUAAAAGCCACGUUUCAGUGUUUGCAGAUGACACAAAACUUUGUAAAGUAAUAAAAUGUGAACAGGAUAUUGCUUUGCUGCAGAGGGAUUUGGAUAGAUUGGGGGACUGGACACUAAAAUGGCAGAUGAAAUUUAAUGUAGAGAAAUGCAAAGUUAUGCACUUCGGGGUCAAGAAUGCACUUAGGGAUAACCACACAUGAGAAGGAUUUGGGAAUUGUUAUAGACAACAAAUUAGGCAGAAAUAUGCAAUGUCAAUCUGCAGUUGCUAAGGCCAGUAAGGUUUUGUCAUGUAUAAAUAGGGGCAUAAAUUCUCGGGAUGAUAAUAUAAUUUUGCCUCUUUAUAAAUAACUGGUAACACCACACUUUGAAUAUGCUCUGCAAUUUUGGGCACCUGUUCUAAAGAAGGAUAUCAUGGCACUAGAAAAAGUGCAGAGACGGGCUACAAAAUUGAUAAAAGUAAUGGAGCAUUUUAGGUUAAAAAAUGUAAAUCUCUUUAGUUUAGAAAAAUGGUGCCUCAGAGGUGAUAUGAUAACAUUAUACAAAUAUAUUUGGGGCCAGUACAAACCAUUAUCUGGAAAUCUAUUUAUAAACAGGGCUAUACAUAGGACACGAGGUCACACAUUUAGGCUGGAAGAAAGGAGAUUUCAUCUAAGGCAAAGAAAAGGUGUUUUUCUUACAGUAAGAGCAAUAAGGAUAUGGAAUUCUCUGCCUGAAGAGGUGGUUUUAUCAGAGUCACUACAGAGGUUUAAACUGCAAUUGGAUACAUACUUGCAAAAACAUACCAUACAGGGAUAUAAUUUCUAAUUAGUGGGGUAAUAGCUGCUUGAUCCAAGGAGACAUCUGACUGCUAUUUUGGGGUCAAGAAGGAAUUUUUUCCUAGUUUGUUGCAAAAUUUAAAUUGCUUCAGACUGGGUUUUUUGCCUUCUUUUGGAUCAACAGCAAAAACAUAUGUGAGGAAGGCUGAACUCGAUGGACGCAAGUCUCUUUUCAGCUAUGUAACUAUGUAACAUCCAAGCUGCAUUCUUCAAAGAAAGAAAAAUAAUAUAGCUAAGAAGCAACAAACCAAUGAUGUGAAAGUAUUACAGCGAAUUGAUAGUGCUGUUAUUGGACAACGUUCAAUAAUCUGGCCAAUAGAACCGGGAUGUACUACAGCGCUGUGUUUCCUCCUGUGUUAUGGCCGACAUGUUUUCAAAUUGCUUGCUCUUCUCCCCACCAGGAGAGAGACGGAGUCACUCCAUUACACCAUGUUAAUUGUAUCAUUGCCACGGCUGCAUUUAUCAAACAUGUUAUUACUAAAUUCCUGUAUGCUUUAACUCUUAGAGUAGUAUAAUGCAAAUGUAGAGCUACUACAAAGGGAAUAAGGUCGUCUGAGAGUCUACAGAUAACUUAGAAACCUUCUAAAAAUCUGUAAUGUUGAGAUUUUAUGUGUGUGUACAUUUUGCCAUUAUGAACAUCAUCCAUAACGUCCUUUAAAUUUAGCAAUAACCCUACUUAAAGAGUAGAUUAUUUAAAUCCAGUAUUUGUAAUACUAAUGUUGCAAACACAAAAAUAUAGAAAGAAUUGUUUCAGAGCUAAUCAAUAAGUAAUUAAAUUUUACCCAUUUUAUCACUCUAACAUACAGUUCGUUCAAAAGUCCCAUCCUUCCAGCCAGAAACAUCCUACAGAUAUCGCUACACCAUGGAUUUAAAGAUAGACCAUGUCUCCCAGGUGUCUGUACCAGGAACCAGUUUAAAGUUUGAUGCUAACAUACAGACUCAUGUCCUAUGGAGAAAUAAAAACAAGGAAGAUGAUCAGCUGAUACAUGUACAGGUGGGUGUUUGCAUUAGCUUAAUGGCCAGUGUAUAUAAUUGAGAAGUAUAUAAACUGCUGGAUGCGUUGAUAGCUGUGUUCACCAAACGAGACACUUGUAAAUAUAUGUGUAAAGGGACUUUCCUAAAGAAUAAAGGAAGUGAAAAAGGUCUCUAGGGUCUAUCCAACUAGUGAGGGCCUAACCCUAGUUUCAAUGCAAGACAUAUUCCGAAUAAACGGAACCAAAGAACGUUGGAUAACCCUUUAGUUAAAAUAAAACAUCAAAGUAAAAAUCCCAACGUGACAACCUAAGGCAAAAUGUCUACUAAAUGUCUGAUAUAGUUUGAAGCUAAAACACCUAAUUAAAGGUUAACAGAACAGAGUAUAUAUAUAUAUAUCAGUAGGAUGGGCCAAUUGGCAGGGGAAGCUAUCUUGCUAUAUUAUUUAACCUGUCUUCUGUCUAGUAACUCCUUAUAUUUCAUAGGUGACUACUGAUAUUUAUACUCUGUUCUGUUCAGUGGCAAACAGAAUUUCAGCUGCAAUAGCACUCUGACCGUAAUUUAUUUAAUCUUUUUUAAUAUAUUUUUAUUGAAGAAAAAAUAAUAAUAAAUAAUGAACGAAUAUACACUGGAGCAUGCAGGUCCCAAAAGGAAUGCCAGUCUUACUGCAUGAAUAUAGAAAGUAACAAUGACAAAUACCAUAUACUGAAAUCUCCAACGAAUUUACUUUAUCUGAUCAUCAGAUAGAGACACGUUUGAUGAGAAUAUUUAUAUACGUACAGGCAUACCUAGGCGCAUGCAUAACAUUUCAGAAAACAUUUCUUUAGAGCUUACAAAAUAAUGUAAAUGAUGUGUGUAGCUUGUCGAUGUGAUAUGCGUGUUUGUAUAUUAUGCGAAUGCUUUCUGAUGUUGUGUACUGAGUAGUAGUUUGAGUAUAAUAAUUUUUAUAAAAACAAUAUGAAGGGAUUUGUGGAUAUUUGGAUACAUAAUAGGGAGGAAAAUCACUAAAGUCACCAUGGUGUAAGAUCAUCCUUGAAUUACCCUCUAACUAGACAACAAAUUAGGCAGCAAUAUGCAAUGUCAAUCUGCAGUUGCUAAGGCCAGUAAGGUUUUGUCAUGCAUAAAUAUAGGCAUAAAUUCUCGGGAUGAAAAUAUAAUUUUGCCUCUUUAUAAAUCGCUGGUAAGACCACACUUUGAAUAUGCUCUGCAAUUUUGGGCACCUGUUCUAAAGAAGGAUAUCAUGGCACUAGAAAAAAUGCAGAGACGGGCUACAAAAUUGAUAAAAGUAAUGGAGCAUUUUAGUUACGAAGAAAGGUUAAAAAAUGUAAAUCUCUUUAGUUUAGAAAAAUGGUGCCUCAGAGGGGAUAAGAUAACAUUAUACAAAUAUAUUCGGGGCCAGUACAAAACAUUAUCUGGAAAUCUAUUCAUAAACAGGGCUAUACAUAGGACACGAGGUCACACAUUUAGGCUGGAAGAAAGGAGAUUUCAUCUAAGGCAAAGAAAAGGUGUUUUUCCUACAGUAAGAGCAAUAAAGAUAUGGAAUUCUCUGCCAUGUUUCUCUGACAUAGUCUGAAUUGUACUUAUAUUUUCCUGAUAUAUCUCUGAUAGGGUUGGAGGGAUCUAGAAUGUGGUCCUUAAAAAACAAAUGAAAACAACUUUUUGUGUUGAUUAAUCACAUUUUAAAUGGGCUGCCUAAUGGGAACUUGGGUUACUCCAAAACUGCCAUCUGUAGUGAUUUUUUUUUCUUCAUUGGUUCUAGAUCCAGGAUUUUGUGUUUCAACAUCUAUCAAGCAAUAACAAUGUCACUGGAGAGGAUUUCACCUUCCAACAACUGUCAACCAGCAACAUGCUUCGUCCUGUGCUCUUCCACUGGACUUCUGGAGAGGUACCUUGUAGUGUAAAGGUGGUUCUGUGUAUGCAGCCCUAGCCACACCACCCCUUGCUGUGUCUUACACACAUCCUGCUUGAAUAAAAUUAUUUUCAACCAGAUGUGAAAGCACAGUGUGUUUAUUUUAGAAGUUUUAUCUCCUGCUCUGUUAAUUUUACUUUAAUCACACCAGAGGCUCCUGUAGGUCCUAGGAGGCUAUUAACCGUGCAAGAGAUAAGAUAUUCUAAUUAAGAAGACUGUGCAAUAGAAUAUGUUUUCUUGUAAGUGUGUAGGGAGUCUGUGUAAGUCACAUGCAGGGAAGCGAGACCAUGGUGGCAUAAACUAAGUGAUUUAUCUCCUAAAUAGCAGAGAAUUUAACAGUAAGACAGAAAGGGCAUGAUCUGUGUCCCAAACAUAUUUCAUUAAGAUAAGCUUGAUUUGAAAAGUUCAUUUGAAAAGUUGUCCCUUUGAAAAGUUAAAAUGUAUUUUCACUUGGCUAUUAUUACUCUAAAGUAAUUGAAUGAUUGAGAUCUCCUCUCCUGCACCUUGAACUGACCUUUGCUCGUCAACUGACCAUGCAAAAUAGGAGACAUGGUGCAUAAGGAAAGGGGCAGUGCUAGUAUAUAGUAGGCAGGAUUGGACAGAGAGUGGGUGGAGCUAAACACCAUUUCCCCAAGUGGAGAAGAAGGCUCUCUUCUCAAGGUCCAGCAGUCAGCUGUAAUGGAACCCAGGAAUUGUAAACACCUCUAUUACCUAAAUAGGAAAUGUAAUGCUAAAGUAUUCAAAACUGUAUAUUGAAAGGAGCACUCCAAGCACCAUAACCACGACAGAUUGAUGUAGUAGUUAUAGUGCCCUGCCGCUCCCCAUUGUAAGUAGUUGAACUAUUUUUAACAGUUUGACUUUAUAUUAGGGGUCCUCUAUAUGUCACUCCCUGUCUCCACUAGUAAUGCCGGAGAGCUCUGUGUCUGAGUUAAGGCCCAAGAGAUCAUCUGAUGGUCUCAGCCAUUGGGCUAGCUCUGGACUGCUUAAGAUCUUCUGGCAAUCCUGGCAUCUUGGACUGUUCCUUUAAGGGAACAUUUUUAUUUAAGAAAUUUUCCUCUUCAUUGAUGAGCUGAUGUAUUUUCAUAUAUAUAUACACACUUUUCUCCAGGUGGUCGGCCUGUAUGUUACCAAAGACGACAAUGGACAAACCCUAGAAUUGAAAAAAGGACUUGUCAGCCUGUUUCAGUUUCAGCCCCUUACAGGGAUUUACACAGAGGUAGGUAAUAAUGGGUAGAUAAUGCAGGUUAUAUAACAGCUAAAAAAUAUUCAAAUGGAAUCGUUUGUGUAAACAUUUUUUUUUAAAUUUCAUUUUUUUUAAAUGAUUAAUUCAUAACUAAGUACUAAAUACAGAACAUAUUUAAAUAUCCAAUUAUAUCUUUCUCUGUCGUGUAUGGGUUAUUUUAGAUUUCUUCAGAAUCCCCCCAAAGACGUGUGUGUGGCUAUAAUUUUAUUAUUCAGCUAUGCAUAGGUGUACACCAAUCAGCCAAAACAUAAAAACUACCUGCCUAGUAGGGUCUCUUGUGUCCCUCUUGUGCUGCCAAAAUAGCUCUGAUGUGUUGAGGCAUAGACUCCACAAGACCUCUGAACGUGUCCUUGGUAUCUGACACCAAGCCAUUAGUCUUGCAAGUUGCAACGUCAGGCCUCCAUGGAUCGGAUUUGUUGUUCCAGCACAUCCCAUAGAUACUCAAUCGUAUUGAGAUCUGGGGAAUUUGGAGGCUAAAGCAACACCUUGAACUCUUUGUCAUGUUCCUCAAACCAUUCCUGAACAUUUUUUGCAGUGUGGCAGCGUGCACUAUCCUGCUGAAAGAUGCCACUACCAUCAUGGAACACCAUUGCCAUGCAGGGGUGUACACAGGGACGUAUUAGCCGCGAGGCAAACAAGGCAUUUGCCUCAGGCGCCACUUUCCAGGGGGCGGCAAAAAAAGCUGCCCCCAAAUGCCCAGGACAAAUGUCUUGUUAGCCUGGCGGCUAACUAAAAAUCCGGUCGGGCGGCGCUGGCGAGGGAGCACUUUCUCCUGAGCGCUCUGCUCAGCUCCCUCGCGCGCCGCAGAGUGGUGCCGGUCACCUGGAGCCGGAAUAUGACGUCAUAUUCCGGCUCCCAGCAUCACUCUGCGGCGCAUGAGGGAGCUGAGCACAGCGCUCAGGGGAAAGUGCUCCCUCACCAGCGCUGCCCACCCGCCCGCCCUGCAGCCCCACUGGACCCCAGGGAGUGGGAGAAACCCCCCCCCCCAGCAUUCCCACAGGUAAGGAGGCUGGGGGGUUAAAUAAAAAAAAAAAGUUUUGUCAUGCCUAGGGCAGCACAAAACAAGGAUACACCACUGGGUGUACAUCAUCUGCAACAAUCUCUAGGUAGGUGGUACAUGUGAAAGUAACAUCCGCAUGAAUGGCAGGAGCCAAGAUUUCCCAGCCGAACAUCGCCCAGAGCAUAACACUGCCUGGUCUGCUUUCUUCCCAUAGUGUGUCCUGCUGCCAUCUCUUCCCCAGGCAAACAACGUACACACAUCCAUCCACCUGAUUUAAAAGAAAACUUCAUUAAUCACACCAGGCAACCUUUUUCCAUUGCUCCAUGGUCCAGUUCUGAUGCUCAUGUCCCCCUUGAAAGGACUUUCAGUGUCAUGGGCAUUCUGACCGGUCUGAGGAUAUGCAGCCAAGUGUGAACCACUGUGUAUUCUGACACCUUUGUAUCAUUACGUUUUUUAGCAGUUUGAGCUACAAUAGCUCUUCUGUGUGAACGGAGUAGACAGACUAGCCUUUUCUCCCUACGUGCUUCAAUGAGGCUUGGUUGCCCGUGACAAUUACACCGGUUCACUGGUUGUCCUUCCUUGCACCACUUUUGGUAGGUACUAACCACUGCAUAUCAGGAACACCCCACAAGCCUUGCUGUUAUAGAGAUGCUCUGAUCCAGUCAUCUAGUCAUCACUAUUGGCCCUUGUCACACUCACUCAGAUCCUUUCACUUGCUCAUUUUUCCUGCUUCCAACACGUGACAUUCAAGAACUGACUGUUCAUUUGCUGCCUAAUAUAUCCCAUUACAGGAGCCAUUGUAAUGAUAUUGCAUUAUUCACUUGUCGGUGGUUUUAAUGUUGUGGCUGAUCAAUGUAUAUUUUAUAUAAUUUAUAUAUCUUUUCAUGUACUGUUAUAAGUUUAUAUAUAUACAUAUAUCAUACUAGAUCCAGCGUACUCACUCAUUCUAUUAACAGCACCUUUAAAGCUCACAAAAUUUAAUAGUUUUAUUUUUUUUCAAAUCUGACUUAGGCAAAAAUAGUGGGGUUUAGUUAGGGUAUGUGAUCAUACAUUGCAUGAGCAUGGCACAAUGCCAAUGUACUCCAUUCUUGGCAGGUAUUGUUAGCAACCUAAUGCCUGCUCUUAUGAAAUGAAUCUACUUACUUGGGAAAUACUUCCUCCUGGGACUCUAUGCAGUGCAAGGUUAAACAGGGUCCUGGAAUGUGGCACCUGUGACAGGGAGGGGUGCAAAACUGGGAUUUGGUCUGGACUUCCAAAUAUCUAACUGAAACCAAGAGGGCUGCACUCACCUGAACAUGCAGACAUUAUCGAGGUCACUUUAUAAAGCAUGUUUAUGUAAGUGUAGCCCUUUGGUGUUAUAUGUCUGUAUGUGUAUAUAUAUAUAUAUAUUGUUAAUAAUAUAUUUACAUUUUACAUCAUUAAAUAAUAAUGAGAAUAACACUAUUCGUAUACUUUAUGUAUAUUUUUCAGGAAGAUGUCACAGGUAAAUGUAGUGUUACCUAUGUCACAUCCAAUGAUCUCAUCAAAAAGACGAAACACCUUCGCAGCUGUACAAAUUCUCCAUUACAGUUUGAGUCCGAUGAAAAGGUAAUCUAUAUUUUGGUGGCGGGGAAAGGACACUACAUAUCCAGGACACGACAUGUGGACACUACACCCAUAACUUCACAAACAAAAACAUUCAAGUGUGUUAUGUGCAUAGGUGACACUAGAGCAACUUGA